GCUGUGUGGAUCGCGCAGCAGUUCCUCCAUCGGCCUCCGAGCUUCAUUCUACCUGAUGAAGCGGCCCUUAGGGCCGUGAAGAGGUGGAGAGAAGGUCGACGGCAAGAAUUCGGACAACUGCAAGGUGGGCUUUGGCACCUUCCCGAGGACGAGGAGCUCGACCGCCUGUUGAGGGAAGAUCCCGCCGUGAAAGCGGCAAAGGCUCGCUUGGCGGAGUUCUUCCGUCUUCUGGCAGAAGAUGAUGGCUACGACGUCCCUGGUGCUGUUCCGGAGACCAUGCGCUCGAAUGCCAGGCUCGGAAACCAUGGCCAGCAGCAGGAAGGCUAUUCAUCUUGGCAACAGAGUGCCUGA